GAGGGUUUGUAGCCGUUUUACUAUGGUUUCUGAUUGGUAGGUGGGAAGCAAAUAUGGCCAAGAGCAACUGUGUGGCAUACCUGCUCUGGGCCUCGCUUGGCGUUUUUGGUGCACAUCACUUCUAUUUGGGCAGGGAUAGGCAAGCAUUCUUAUGGCUCGUGACGUUCGGAGGUCUGCUGUAUGGUUGGCUCAGCGAUGUGACCAGAAUACCGAGCUACGUGGAUGACGCCAACAAUGAUCCGGAUUACAUCGGUGACCUCGCCCGAAAGUUCAAACGGCACAAGCGUCCGCCGAUCAGCCUGACGCGCUGCUCGGCCCAGCUCCUGCUGGGCAUCUCCUGGGGCUACACUGCCAUGGCGGCGGUGCCGGAGGAGGACCAGUUCGGUGUGCGCUGGCUGGUGUACCUGGUGACGCCGGCCGCCACCGCCGUCGCGGUGCACACGGUCGGUAACGUGGGCCGGUGUCAGGGCUCACUGCGCUGGCCACUGAUCGCCGCCUACCUCACGCUGCCGCUGUACGCCUGGAGUCUGCAGGUGGUCCACUACACGGCGCUGGCCAGUGUGGUCGCCUUCGAGUACGGCGCCAAGGAGUGGCGGCGCACGCCCGCCAAGCCCCGGCCCGUCUGCAGGCGGGCCGGCGUGCUGCUGCUCUGUCUCUUGCUCUUCUACUCCGUCUGGGCCAGCUACUUCUUCUUCAAUGCCGCCGUCGUGGACCGCCACGGCGAGAAGACAAAGUUUCGCGACGCUGUCGGCAACUUCUUCAAGUCGCAGCUCUGGAAACGCAUGAAGGACGAGAUUGUGCGGCUGUUCCGACUGACGCAGGAGCAGGGCUGGUCCAAGGGAUGGUACUCGUUCAUCGAGAGCAUCGACCCGUCCGGAGAGUACGCCGCGUUAGAGGUGCUGGGGCUGCCCAAGGUCGCCAGCCAGGAGGAGAUCACGGCCCGAUACCGGGAGCUGACCAAGGCCCAGCAUCCAGACCGGUUUACUGACUCCGCGGAGAAAGCAAACGCCGAGAAAAGGUUCAUGGAGAUCAACUUGGCGUACGACAAGCUGUCGAAGAUGCGGAACAAAAGGAAGCGCAGUAAUCGGCAGUCUCGUGAGGCGGAACAGUGAGGACGCCAGAAGAUGGCGUGUGCCGCUGACAGCAGCGGGUGACCGCCGGGCUGUCCAGCGCGCUGGCGGCAGUACUCAAUCCGUCCGUACGUGCUGUGAGUUUGGGCUUUGUUGCUCAUGCUGAGACUGUUGACACUGCGGGAAAUGAACUUGCGGUCCAGUUUGCUUAACCUAUCUUCACUGUGUUCCGACGUUUGUUGUAUCGUUAUUGUAUGCGCAUGCAAUGUGGGUAAACAGUUUGGAAAACUCACCAUUUUGUAUAUUGAGAUUCAGCCGCGCGUAUUUUCUUGGAUCCGCUGAGUUGCUGAACAAGUUUUCAUAGCUUCCAUUCAGGCGACCCACACUGCGGUGAGAAUAUUGUGCGGUGUUGAAGAUAACCGCAAUGUAUCCGAAUCUGUGCUAUCUGAUUUGUUCGGUGCGUCGCAAGUUGGCAAGUACCGUGCCCUUUCGCGAUUGUCCCGUUCCCCACCCCCACCCCCGUCCCGUAGCUAACAUUGGCCUAUGGAUGUGGAAGGUUAUGCAGUGGGGUACUCACCGAAGUUUAUUAAUUUCUGCACAGCUUCCAUAGAGCGGCUAAUACGCUGAACAUUUUACAUUGACGCUGCCGCAUCACGUUUUCUCCAUCGUGAUAGAAGAACAAGGGAAGGUCGCAUAGCGUGACGUAGAAGUCCCGGCCAGUCUGAGCGAACAUCGCCGCAAUGUUCGCUCAUCGCGGCGAGAGUGGCGUACUUCAGAGGUGUACAUCUGUGGCGCAUAGAACCACGCAGUAUCAGCAAGCGGUCGGUCGCAAUUGCGGUAACAGAAACGUACCCGGGUUGCAUGAUUUCCAGUGCCUUGGAUCGCACCGUUUUCCUGGCGAAUCCUGAAUAGGUACGUCUUGUUACAUAGGGUGUGACACUGGUUUUUCGCAAUUUGUGCAAGGUGUCUUGCUGAAGGUUGUUAGCGUUGUAUCUGCGUUGCGGCCGCCAAGCGCCUUCCGCGCUAUCCUUGCCUUUCUCGGAAGAGGGACUUGUCCGAUGAAGGCAGCGACUCGUCUCAUCCGAGCCUUUUCACCUCACGUGAUGCGAAGGUUUCAUCUUGAACCGCUGUGCUCCCCUGAAUGGGUCCAGCAUUGUAGCGGAUUUUGAGCGUGGAUGCGCGUAAGUCGGACUAUGAACAUGCAAUGCUUCGGGGUGCGACUGCAGCUUGCGCGGGCUCAGUGUGAGCUAAGAAUACUCACAAUUCAAGGGGGAAGUGUUGCAUAGCUCAUGUCGGUCUCCGUGCGGCGGACCUUUUUGUUUUCCUUUAAUGGCACUAAGCUGUUUGUUUCUCUGUUGCCGGUCGAGUUAUUUUUUUGUUACCAGUCAAGUUAUCACAAUAAUGAGUGUAAUAUUUAUCUGAUUCGUGGUCGGGUCAGGUCGAGGCGUGGCUCUGUGUUUGCUUAUAAUUUCUAAGCACAUUGUUUUGGUUCAGGCUUUUUGCUACCGUGGUUUCAUUCGUUAUGCGUCACAUUUCCCUGUUGCUGUUGGUGCGUAUGUCUUACCUCGCCUUGGAACGAAGUACCAUAAAUACAGA